AGUGCACCUGGGGGCUAAAAUCCUGGCUUUUCCUUUUGCAGCGCCAGGAGCGUUAGUCACAAUUGCGUUUGUUGGCGACGUCUCCUAUCUCCGGUCGGUGUACCGAGUCCUAAUUCAUUAAUUCAUUUCGAAUACACUCUCCGAGACGUGGGUGACAGUUAUGGGCCGCUGACAGCCGUCGAAUCAUCCGGUUCAUCUGAUCUAUAAAGGGGGCGGACCGCACCGUAGGUGAAGCCUGAGAGAAUCGCAGAUCUUGCCCUCAAGAGUAUCCUGCACUGUAUUGCCUGGCGCCCAAGAUGUUUCUCCGCAGGGAAUUUGGGGCUGUUGCAGCCCUAUCUGUGCUGGCCCAUGCUGCUCCCGCACCUGCUCCGAUGCAGCGUAGAGACAUCUCCUCUACCGUCUUGGACAAUAUCGACCUCUUCGCCCAAUACAGUGCAGCAGCUUACUGCUCCUCCAACAUCGAGUCCACCGGCACGACUCUGACCUGCGACGUAGGCAAUUGCCCUCUCGUCGAGGCAGCCGGUGCCACGACCAUCGAUGAGUUUGACGACAGCAGCAGCUACGGCGACCCGACGGGGUUCAUCGCCGUUGACCCGACGAACGAGUUGAUCGUUCUGUCUUUCCGGGGUAGUUCCGACCUCUCGAACUGGAUUGCCGACCUAGACUUCGGCCUCACCUCCGUAAGCAGCAUCUGUGAUGGCUGUGAGAUGCACAAGGGCUUCUAUGAGGCCUGGGAAGUCAUUGCCGACACCAUCACAUCCAAGGUGGAGGCCGCUGUCUCCAGCUAUCCGGACUACACCCUCGUGUUCACCGGACACAGCUACGGCGCUGCAUUGGCGGCUGUCGCGGCCACCGUGCUCCGCAACGCCGGAUACACUCUUGACCUGUACAACUUCGGCCAGCCCCGUAUCGGCAACCUUGCUUUAGCUGACUACAUCACCGACCAAAACAUGGGCAGCAACUACCGCGUCACGCACACCGACGACAUCGUGCCUAAGCUGCCUCCGGAACUGCUGGGCUACCACCACUUCAGUCCGGAGUACUGGAUCACCAGCGGUAAUGAUGUGACGGUGACUACGUCGGACGUGACCGAGGUUGUGGGGGUGGAUUCGACGGAUGGGAAUGACGGCACGCUGCUUGACAGUACGACUGCCCAUCGGUGGUACACGAUCUACAUAAGUGAAUGCUCGUAGAGCAUCACUAGUGCUGUGCAGUGAUUAUGUGGGUUGGAUAUAGUCAAGAUGAAAUGAAUCUGUAUAUAGUUCUAAUAAUAACAGACGAAGUAAAUAGGCUAGUCUGAUCAUGAAACCGUUCGUUCGAGGCAUUUGCUGACUUGUAACUAUCCCAAGGAAAGUUCAACUAAAACUGUUACCGUCUUCACUACCCAAAGACAAGAGGCAGAGAAAGCAGCAAGUAAUACCGAAGAAUCCCCGACCCGUCCAUCCACU